CGCUACCCUCAUCCAUCCGCUGCACUUGACUUACUGUCAACUGAAUUACCCUCCCCAACCCCAACACCACCUACUCUACCUACAAACACAACCGUUCCAAGAAAACAGAAAUCCAAGAUGCGCCUCCCCUACGCCCCCACCACCCCACCAGCCAACUCCCCCACCAAAGUCAGCGAAAUCUACGCCCGGAUCGCAGCGCGCCGCUCCCCGCGCCCGCUCAUCCCCCUCGACCUCUCCCUGCUGCACUCUCCGCCCGUCGCGGACGGAUGGAACAGCUUCCUGGGCGCGAUCCGCACGGAAACCGUGAUCGACAAGGGGGUGCUGGAGCUAGCCGUGUGCCGGGUGGCGGUGCUGACGGGCGCGGUGUACGAGUGGAAUGCGCACGCGCCGCUCGCCCUGAAAGGUGGGGUGCAGGCGGCGGAGUUGCAGGCUGUCCGGGAAUUGGCCUCCACGGCGGAGGAGGAGACGCCCGGGGAGGCAUUGCGGGCGAGUGCGUUGAGUGGACGGCAGCAGGCUGUUGUGAAGUAUGCGGAUGAGAUGACGUUGAGGGUGUCGGUGAGGGAGGGGACGUUUGCGGCGCUAAGGAGUGAGGAGGCGGGGGGGUUGAGUGAUCGCGAGGUGGUGGAGUUGACGACGUGCGUGGCUGGGUAUAAUUGUGUGGGUCGGGUGUUGGUUGCGCUGGAUGUUGGGGAGAAUAAUGAUAAGGAGAUGAAGAGUGUGCAGGAGUUGGUGGAGGGGUUGAAGAAUUAGAUUCUGGUGGGUUAGGGGGGAGGGAGGGAAGGAGGGGUGUAUAUACGUAACUUGGCUGAAGAUAUAUGAUUCAUUCUUGUUUCUAGCGGUGUGGUGAGAGGGUGAGUGUUGCCUAUGCAGCCUACAUGCAGCUAGUAAGUCAACAUUGGCAAUGGGUAAUGCUCAGCGCCAUAUGGUAUAUAUUUUCAUUAGAAGAGAG